UUUUUGAACCGAGACAGACCUAGCAGAGAAGCCGCGAGCCACCACCCGACUUGAGAAUUCUGAGGCUCUAACAGCGGCGGAGACACUGAAUUGAUCGCUCAUGGGCAGCGGUAAGGAGAAGAAGAAGCUGCUCUCAGAGACUGGUAAAAAGCAAAAGAAAAAGAAAGAAUUGUCUGUGCGGCCUAAGAAAUUGAAGAACAAGGAGAAGGAGAAGACCAAGGCCAGCAAAGGCAAAACCGAAAAUGGCGAGAGCAACCUCGGAAACGGCGUCGUCUGUGGCCCAACAGCGUCGGAGCAGCUCAACUUCUUCAUUCACCAGUAUCAAUCCGCCAACCGUGUCCAGCUUUCUUCUCUCGAGCUGGAAUCCUUCAAAGAUACUUGCAUGGUUGAGCUCAGCUCGGAUCAAACUAAAAAUCCUAGAACUCUGGGAGAGCAUAUGAAGGUUGCUUUUGGAUCAUCAUGGAAGGAUCUUCUCUGUAAAAGUCAACUUGAAGCUGGGAAAAUUGAACCAGGCCACCCCUCGCUUCUUGUAAUUAGCUCAUCUGCUCUACGAUCAUUGGAACUUCUCAGGGAAUUGCGACCUUUCACUAGAGAUUGCCCUCCUGCAAAGCUGUUUUCUAAGCACAUGAAGGUUGAAGAGCAGGUGUCCUUUCUAAAGAAUCGAGUUAAUAUUGCUAGUGGUACCCCAAGCAGGAUUAAGAAAUUGAUUGAUGUGGAGGCAUUGGGCCUGUCUCGACUAUCUGUCCUUGUGCUUGAUAUGCAAACAGAUGUCAAGGGCUAUUCGCUGUUAACACUUCCUCAAGUCAGAGAUGAGUUCUGGGAUUUGUACAAGAGCUAUUUUCAUCAGCGAGUACUGGAGGGUGCAAUGCGAAUAUGCCUCCAUGGGCAAUUACCACAGAUAUCUGAUGCCAGAAAAGUUUUUGAUGACUAACUAUAGGCUCUUUACAUCAAGAACUCACAUUGUAAAAUUGUAACCUUUUGGAAAUUUUCUCCAUUCCUCUUUUGUUUAAUUUAAUCCAGAGUAUAUUUUAUGGAUUGAAAUGGUUUUGAUACUUCACCAGAUUCAUAUCAACUGAAGUUUGAUAUAA